AUGUCCAACAUGCAAAUUGUCCCAGCUUACAAGAAUAUUGUGGAGGCACAAUAUGUUGAAAUGAAGGUACCCUUGUAUUCUUAUGGCUGUGAGAAGAAAAUCAAAAAAAGCUUAUCCAGUCUCAAAGGCAUAUACUCAAUAAAUGUAGAUCAUGGUCAACAAAAGGUGACGGUUUGGGGAAUUUGCAACAAAUUUGAUGUGUUACAAACCGUUAGAAGCAAGAGAAAAGAUGCUUGUUUUUGGAACCAAGAAGACAAUGUUGAAUUAGAAAAUUCACAAACACCAUCCUCACCAAUUCCAUUACCAACUUUUCCUCACAAACAUUUUAAGCCUUCUUUAUCUUUAACUAGGGUUAGGUCACUAAGUUUGAAGGCAUGGAAAAAAGUCUUCACCAGAUCAUAUUCUUUUUAA